GUGGUGUUGAAAAAAUUCGCAGCAUUCGUGAUUAUCGGCUUAAUUUGUGUGCAAAACAUCUACUACCAGCAGUGAUAGCACCAUUAUUCGGUUCGGUACAGAACAGUCCGUUCGUUGGUGUAAAUAUUUGCACCAAAACCACACUGGCCGCUAGUGAAAAGUGAAAUUUAAAUUUGCAAUCGAGCGAGAUCUCUUUUUUUCUCUUCGUGGUCGUCUGUGUCGAUCGGAUUUUUGUGAAUCCAUCAGCCGUGUGAUUGUCCGUCAUUGCAUUAAGCUCCCGGACAAAGGAAAAAACAUUCACGUGUCUGUGGUAAUAAUUCAGCAGGAAUCGCUUCAACUGGCGUUAGGAUUAUUUCAUGCAAAAGUAGGACCCUACGUAAAAGGGUGAGUCGCGAAACGACUUCCCUGUCAAAAAGACACCAGACUAAAGUGUUAAAGCAAGCAAAAGGAUAUUCCAAAUCUGCUGCUGGAUUCUACGGCAGAUCUUCGCUGAUUAGCAAGUGCAUUCAGUAAUUGAUGAUAACGUGAUUAAUUUCUUCGUCUUUUCGCCAGGCUGAUUGCGUUUCCAUUGCAUGUUUCGGCUAGUAUUGCUAAUUGCGUGCGAAUAUUUUGUUGCACCGCAAUCUACCUCGUGUACAUGGUUGGCGGAGAGUGUGUGGGAAACAAAUAGUGAAGAAGGUGGAAAGCAGGCCAAAUUUUGACUUCCUUUUUGCUGUCGAAAAAGUAAGGAGGCAUAUGCGUUGAACGGAAGAAAAUUCCACUGAAAAGUGCAUAAGAAAAAGAACCACAACGAAGCACGAAGCAAGUUGGCUGAGCUGAGGCAGAAAGUGGAAAAGUAAGAAAAAACGUCGCCGCAGUGAACGAGAUCGGCGAGAGAGGCAAAGUGAGAGAUAGAGAGAGAGAGAGCGAAAAUUUUUGACAGCUUGCGGAGUGUAUGUGUGCAUGUGUAUGCGUGUAGUGUCUAGCGGUGCGAUAACAACAAAAAACAACAACAAAUCUAGAGGAAAGAACGGCGAGCGAGUGCCGACUGUUUCGAAUUAAUUUUUUUUUGUAGUUUCCUGCUACUUCUAAAAGCAACUCCCAGUUCCAGUGACAAUUUUUCGAUUAGUGUUUUUAUUUAUUUACUUUUAUCACAGCUGUAACAAGUGAUUACUGUUCAAGUCUGUAAUCUGUAAAUUUAAUACGAGUUUUCAAAAUAUUUAGUUGUUUCGCUAGUGGAUCCUGCGUCGGUCAACUGGUCGGUGUUAAGUGAAGAAACCAAGUGCAUAGUGCGCGAGAAAUCGCAUCAGUGUUCCGUUUGAAUUCGACAGGUGUACGUCCCGGACGUGCCCCCGCGAGUGCUUAAUUUCUGUUCUCCGUUUCCCUAAAAAGCCGGAAAAUUCCGAGAAGCAAGAAAAAAGGUAUGGCCGAAAAUUCGGUUGGAAACAGUUUACCACCGUCACAGCAUCAUAAAACGGCCGGAGUCGGUGGAGGUGGUGGCCUGUUGCAUCACAACAAAUCGCUGGAAAUGACGACCGGCGGUGGGAGCGGUUCAACGGCAGGAUCCGUUGCGGGGAAAAUCGCUGGCAGUGGAAAGCAUGCAAAUGUUAUACACCGAACAACGAGCGAAAGCUUGCGGCUGGGUGGUGCAGGUGGUGGAAAUGCAGGAUCAGCUGGCGGAGGUGGGACUGAUAAUUCUUCCAGCAGUACGGUUCCGCCGUCAAUGAUGGCGAAUUCAUCCUCGUCUUCGAUGGGGAGUAUCUCACGAAAGAGUGGCGUAGGGGGUGCUGCUGCUGCUGCCGCCGCUGCGGCCGCAGGUAAAACGUCCUCAUUCAUGAUCACAUCCGUCACAGUCGGGGCACGGACCAGUGCUGACAACGGUGACGAUUCAGCUGAUGAUCUUGACGAGUCCCACACGGAUGAUAAUAGUCGGAUAACCGAUUUCGAAAACGAAACUCCUUCUUUCUCAGAGGACACAUUCAGCAAAGAAGACGUGUUUUUCGCCUCGAACGCCAUUGGUAGCGUUCCAGUCAUUCCGACAAGCUCUCAGUACGGGUUAGCUAUCGUUGCGCCGAACGACCGUGCUCACGGUGCGGAAGCUCUGGCAGAUGCAAUGCAUGUAAGUGUCACUGAUGCUGGCAUCAACAUUAUGGGCCACGGAAAAGACGAUGGCAAAGAGUUGCACCACCGAAACGAGCGUUUCAAGGUGGUAAAAAUUGAAAGCACUGAACCAUUCAAACGCGGUCGAUGGGUUUGUAUGGACUAUCUGGAUCAUACAACACUUCAAGCAUCUCCAAAGGAGGGAGAAGGGGAACCGUCGGCUAAUGUCGAUACAAACACCAUGCGAACUCAGGACAGUGGUGUAGUGCUUAAUGACAGCUUUGCUCCUACAACAGUUCCGACAGCAGAUGGCGAUAAUCCUGACUAUCAUACUCAUCUAGCCGCCAGUGUUCCGACUAACCCUGUCAUCGGAAUGCUGAACAAUGAAUCUCCGGGUCAAAGCCUAAAUCUGGCUCAAUCAACCAUUGGAACAAAUACUAAUGCAGGUGGUGGAACGAUUUCUCAAUCUCAGCCAGCUAGUCAUGUGGCACCAGCCGGUGUCCCUCACAGUAUGCCCCAGUCACAGUUGCAAAAUGCACUUGCCGGAAGUGGUGCGGCUGGAGGACCAAGUCAACCGCCACAGUCUACCCAGGCAACUGCACAACCACAAGGGCAAACACCAUACUAUCCGCACACGAUGUCCAACAUUACCGACAUUGCGCAGCAACAGCAACCACAGCAGCAACAGCAGCAGCAGCAACAACAGCAACACCACCAUCAACAUGGUGUCACUCUGCCAACCAACAUUCAGAUGCAACCCCCGCAGACCAAAAGCUCUGCUCCUGUGACAUCUAACGUUGUUCUUCCACCAGUUCCAUCAUCAUCGGCUACAUCACAAGAGAUGAAUAUCGUCAUUAGCAAUCCCCAGCAUCAUCCGCAGCAAACGAGCUUCCCAUCUCCCCAACAGUUCCAACAACAAACCUCUCAAACCAAUUCUCCAGUCGUAGCCAGCAUCGGCGAGCAAGUUACUUCGGAGACGACAAUCCUAUCACCGUCUUCUUCCAUGGCUAAUUCCGGAACAAUUCCGUCGGUCACCGCUAAUGUGACUACCGGCGCAAACGUCACCAAUCAACAACAGGUGACGGAAGCCGUAGGCACUGUGUCCUCAAGCUCCGCAUCAGAACCGAUGGCAGCUUCUUCUUCGUCGACUACAUCAUCGCCAGUAACAGCCACCGCUGCUGGCGGGAACGGUGAUAACAGCUCUACACCUACGUCGGCCAAUGCUCCUGCUGUACCGCCCGUGAGUUCCCCUUCAAUGUCGGCCGCUUCUAUAACGGCCACCACCACCACCACCAACACCAGCAGCAAUAUCAGCAGUCAGCAUGCAUCGAUCGCAGCUGCAGCCGCUGCUGCAGCAGCCACUGCAGCUAGCGAUCAUCUGACGGAGUCGAAUCUUCUGUCAGCCGUCGCCGGGGUGACGGCAGCCGCCGUGGCAGCAGCCGGCGCUGAAGAUGGCGAAAAAAGUGGCGAGGAUGGUGAAAGCUUCAAUCGGAUGUGGCCGGUAAUGGCUGACGGGGCUGGACUGGACGUCCCCGACUAUGGCCGCAACGAACCGAUGAAGGUUUCACUACCCGAUUCGUCAACUAGUUGUCUUCAGCAGGACCUGCUACAAAACCCGUUUGAGCGGACUAGACCCUACAACAGUAGUAAUAGUAGCAAUAGUGUUAGUUAUAAAAACAACAUAUAUACAGACAUUGCGCUGGGCAAAUCCAUUCGAAGUUUGAUGCGCCCUUCGUCAAUGGGAAACUCCCGGGGCCUGCCGACGAACCCUUUCUCGCCCGCAGCAGAUCUGCAGGCGGAUCCUUUCUGCAGGUCUGCUUGUAACAUAGUGAAUGACAACAAUGGCGGCAAUAGCGUUACCAAAUGCACUGUACAAUAUCCGCACAAAUGUGUUCAAGAUUUGAUCCGCGAGGAACUGGGAGCGGGAAGUUUGGUACGCGGUUCCACCGGAAGUCUCAGCAAUACCGGCAGUUUGGUCAACAUACACAUCGAAUCGGAACUGCCGCAUCACUACCACGGCUACCAGUCACAUCCGGGCUCGGGACGGUCUAGUCCGGCCUCGCAGAUGUUCCACUACGAAUCACCGCCGAAGCACCUGAGUGCGAUUGGCCACUCAAUUAGCAUACCGUGCAGCGCCCGAGUCAGUCGAGCUCCGUCCCCGUCGUUCCUGCCAGCGGCCGGAGGCGAGCACUCAAGUGCAUCGGGGACAAGUGCGGUUGCAAUUGACAACAAGAUCGAGCAAGCUAUGGAUCUUGUCAAGUCGCAUCUGAUGUUUGCUGUUCGCGAGGAGGUCGAAGUGCUAAAAGAGAAGAUCUCCGAGCUGAUGGACCGCAUCAACCAGCUCGAGUACGAGAACAACAUCCUGAAGGCGAACGCUUCGCAGGAAACGCUUUCGCAGCUCACGACGACCGGCAGUGGCAGCGUUGGCAGCGGCGGUGGAGGCAACAGCACAUCCACGGCGGCAGCAACGGUGGCAGCAGUGGCAGCGGCGGCAGCGGUCGCAGCAGCAGCUACGGCACCCACACCGGCCUCCAAGGUUCCUUCAUCGGCCAACUCCAACUCCAAUGGUUCUGUUUCCUAGAUGCUCAGCACGUUGUUGCACUACUCGCUACUAGCUGCUUACUUCGAUAGUACUAGGAGAGGUAUCGAUAACUAUUACUCACUGCUACUGCGGCCACGGAGCGACGAACAGCGAAUUGCGGAGUGGGGUGCCGCCAUGGGCGGGCUGAACGGUGUCGGAGAGUCAAACAAUAACGACAACGGCACCUGUGGUGGCAGCAGCAGCAUUCCUUUCCCUGCAGUCGCUCUUGACGCCCAGAAGUACUCGGAAGAUAAAGACGAUGCGCCUGACUAAAUAGCGCUCACAAGUUUACUAGCAUGCUAACGCCCGUAUCCAGAGCGGAAAUUUACUACAGUAUCAAAAUCGAGAGGUUAGUUGCUAGAAUUUACUACGUUGAGGUAAGAAGCUUCAUCCAUUCUCAAACAAAUUCCUAAUAAGCUAGAAAUUUUAGAGAGCAAAACAGAAGAACCUUUUUGUUUUCAAUACACACAGUGUUAAGCGACGAAGCCAAAAACAAAACAAAAACAAAAAAUAAUUAUACAAACACAGUUUACGCACGUUCUUGUUUCGAAUUAAGGGGCAAAAUUAUAUCAAAUACAGACAUGCACGACAAGCAAACCAUUGCAAGCAUAUUCUAUAACUCCUCCCUUCCUUCUACGGUGUCUUGAACCGUUUGACUCGUAAAAAACUGGAACAGCAAGAGACCUGCGGUCUAUAUACAAUCCAGUGUUCUAGUUGCUUUCGUUCGAAGCACCGUCCUCACAUUAAGUGCUUCAGCUUCAACUCCAUCUUUUCGUCAAUACUGAUUGUAAGUUCAUUGUUAAAAAUGAAAAUAAUUUUGAAAAUUAAAAACUAUGCUCCUAUAUUUUUGACCCAAAAAGGGAGGGAAGUAACAUAACAUUCGCAGAUUGUGGCCUUUCAACACAUACCACAAUCCAUUUUACUCAUUCUUUUGUCCUCUUUUAAGAUAGAUAAUAGUAAUUUUUCUAGAUUGGUUGAUAUGAUAAAGAAACUGAAACGAUAGAACUAAAAUUAAAAGUGUGCCCCUGAACAAGUCAAAACCAUUUAACCAGAAAAAAGAAACUCAAUAGCAAAUGGAACGACAUUUAAUCUCAUACCGUUUUUGCGUUCUUUAAUUUUUUUGGACAAACGUUUCGAUAGUCGACGUGCCGUUUAACUGUUUCAAUUCAAUCGCCGCUUCUUAGAUUAACACUUUCGUGCACGUGUUUAUAAUGUAUGUGCGUGCACGUGUCCAUGAAAUGCGUGUGUAUGCGUGCUCAUGUCGCGAAUGAUGAUUGCUUAUUAAGGAUAGUUAGGGCAAAAACCAAACCCGAAAUGUGAUUCUAAUUGUACAUAGAUAUUAUUACUAGCUAAGGCCGUUAAACGUGCCGCGGUAGGACGACGUGUGAGGUAUGAGGUGUGAUGUCAGCCAGCAGCCGUGUGGGAAAGCCAAGAUUUAAAACUAACGACCAGUCCUCUCCGGGCGGGCUUCGAGUGCCUGCGAAGAUCAGACUUAACCAGACAACCUAACAAGUGCUAUAAUCCGAAUGAAUGCGUUCCGUUAGCUUACGUGAUUCGGAGAGAAAAAAAAAUCUGUAAAUAUUUGCCAUUGACUGCGACGAUGAGCCCGCCGGAGAUACAUAUUUCAAAUAGAUGCCAAUAAAGACGCGCCCGUUAGGAGUUAGACUCGUAGGUUUUCGGCAGGAAAGGACCACUGCCCCAGUUCAGGUUUGCAAACUCGAUGAAACGUGAACUGAGCGUCAGGGAUGAUCCUGCUGCGGACGCGUCUGUUUUCCGCCUUGUGGGAAGACAUGUAAUCAGGGAGAGCAGGUGAAUUGGUUGCUUGAAUUUGACCUGUUUGAAACGAGUUGAGCAUGUACAGCGGUGUAAUAUAGCCGUGAAAUGAAGAAGAAAACAAAAACCACUAAUGCGCCGAAUGAGUGCUUGGACUAAACUAGGAAUGAGCGUGAUGUGCAUAGCUUGUAAGAGGAACUGUUGAUAGACUGUAAGAAAUUACCUUGUUUAAUUCAUUUAUAGGAUCUUUGUUCAAUUUUUCCUAGCUGAAACGCAAUUAUUUAGUCACUAUUUAUUAUUUUGUAUAUUGGUUAGCUGAACAAAAAAAUAUGUCAUAGAACUGGAAUACGACAGUAAACGAAGUGAUAAACUGUUUUCGGUAGCAUACCGAAAACUUUUGGAUGCGAUGAUUGAGAGAACUGAAAGCGAUAAAUCAGUAGAAUCGUAAAUUGUGAGAAAAAAAUAAUCAAUAAUGAUAAAGCUAACUAAUUGCUAAAAUGACCGAAAUUAAUCGUAUAAGUGAGAUACAAACCAGAAAAGAUGUUAAUAAUAUAGUCACUAUGAAAUAAUGAAUAUA